AUUUAGAAUGAAAUACUUGUAUCUCCUUUUGCUGGCCUCCUCAGUGGAUAGCCUGUUUUGGCCUGAUUUGUAUCGAACUUUGGCAUCGGAGAAUGCCAAAAGUAACCUCAUUUACUCGCCGGUAUCCAUUGAGUUUAUGAUGGGCCUCGUUUACAUGGCAGCAGGCGGAAAAACUGCCCAAGAAAUCAGAAACGUUUUCAAAUUACCAGAGAACAAAAGUCACGUGGUGAACAGCUAUCGUCAAUUUUUCACCGGCCUUAGGGGCCGCGAAAAGGUGCUUAUCCUGCAUAUGGCAAACCGGAUAUAUGUCAACCGCAAAUACCGCCUUGAACCAGAGUUUAAUAAGUUGGUAGUAAAGGCCUUUAAGGGCAGUGCCAGGUCAAUCCGCUUAAACGAUCCAGUCAGAGCAUGUUUGAUAAUCAAUAGCUGGAUAUUAAAUCGAACGCGAGGCAUGAUUGGGCACAUAGUUUCACCUAGCGAUUUACAUCCUGAUACAAGUGCGUUUCUGCUGAGUGCAAUCUACUUCAAGGCCCAGUGGCAGUAUAACUUUCCGGCCGAUCAAACUCAUGCAGCGGACUUCCAUGUAUCAGCUGACAAAGUCAUACUGGUGGAGAUGAUGACUUUGUCAGCAACACUAUCUUCAGCAUACCUGGAAGACUUGGAUGCAAAGGUUAUCGAGCUUCCCUACUUGAACUCAACUCUUUCUAUGCGCAUCUAUCUGCCCAACGGAAUUGAAGGUCUAACAAAAGUGGAAGAGAAAGCCGGGCUUCUCAGCCAUAAAUUGCAAAAGAAUUCCGUAAAUGUUAAGCUGCCCAAGUUCAAAAUCGAAUCUAGCGCACAACUAAGGGGAAUUUUCGAAAAAAAAGGCAUUCGAGAUGUAUUUAAGCCCUCAGCUGACUUAAAUGGACUAGUGCUGGACUCUGGUGCUAGGAUCGAUAAAAUUGUGCAGAAAGCCUUUCUGAAGGUCGAUGAACGAGGAACAAAGGCUUCUGCGGCAACAGGAGUUCUUAUUCGCCGAAAAAAAUCGAUUGACAAUUUGCAACUGCCUCCAAUGGAUUUCGUAGCCGAUCAUCCAUUUUCCUACGUAAUUCAUGAUCACGAUGCCAUUUACUUUCAGGGUCACAUCGUGGAACCACGAUGGUAAUCAAAUGCGAGAAAAACAAUAUUGUAUUAUAUUAUAUUAGACUCUUUUUUGUUUGUGAGUGACAUUUUUAACUUUAAGAAUGUUUAAGUUGCGGAUGAUGAAAUUCAGGUAUUAAAGGCUUAUCUAAACGCUG